AUGGACGCCCAAGCACGUGCACGUCCGCUGGACUUAGUCGUGGGGAGGAAGUUCCGCCUUGGGCGCAAAGUCGGCAGCGGGUCGUUUGGGGACAUUUAUCUCGGCACGAACAUGACGUCAGGCGAAGAAGUCGCGAUCAAACUCGAAAACAGCAGAUCCAAGCAUCCCCAGCUCAUGUACGAGUCCCGGAUCUACAAGAUCUUGAACGGCGGAAUGGGCAUUCCCAACCUUCUGUGGUUUGGGAUCGAAGGCGAGUACAACGUGAUGGUGAUCGACCUUCUCGGUCCGUCCCUCGAAGACCUGUUCAACUUCUGCGGCCGCCGGUUCACGCUCAAGACGGUGCUCAUGAUCGCGGACCAACUGCUCAGUCGGAUAGAGUACUGCCACACGAUGAACUUUAUCCAUCGCGACGUCAAGCCCGACAACUUUCUCAUCGGACUCGGCAAACGCGCGCAAAUCUGCUACGUGAUCGACUUUGGACUGGCCAAAAAGUACCGCGAUUCCAAGACCCACCAGCACAUUCCGUACCGCGAAAACAAAAACUUGACCGGCACUGCGCGGUAUGCGUCCAUCAACACGCACGUUGGCAUCGAGCAGAGCCGCCGCGACGACUUGGAGUCGCUCGGCUACGUGUACAUGUACUUUCUCCGGGGGAGUUUGCCAUGGCAAGGGCUCAAAGCCAACACAAAGAAGCAAAAGUACGAGAAGAUCAUGGAAAAGAAGAUCAACACGCCGACGGACGUGUUGUGCCGCGGGUUUCCCACGGAACUGCGCGCGUACUUUGAGUACACCCGCGCGCUUCGCUUUGACGACAAGCCCGACUACGCGUACCUGCGGCGGCUGUUCAAGGAGCUGUUUUUCCGCAAAGGGUUCCAGUUUGACGCCAUGUUUGACUGGACUGUGCUCAACUUGCAAGCCGGACGAGGAGACACGGCGGCGGUGUCUUCUUCGCACCAUGCCGUGGCCGCCCCCGGCUACACGAGUGCCAUGCCCGACCGCCGGCCUUCCCCCCCCUUUUUGAACCCGUCGACCGCGCGGUACCCGCAAGACAACGUGCAGGUAGCCAACAUGGGCGGCGGCGGGUAUGGCCUUCAACGCAGCGACUCUCGCGGUACGGAUGCUUGCGUCGUCGUUGGUUGUGAAUCGCUGGCUAUGUGUGUGUAGAUGCGAUGGGGCGCAAAGGGGCGUACGACCAGCAGCCGCCCGAAGCCACGACGCAGUACCAACCGACUUCGUACGCACAACAACAGCAGCCGUACUACCAUCGAUCGCAACCUUCGCCGCAGCAGCAGUCGCGCCCGAUGGUCCAGAGAGGAGACAGCACGACGAUGAUGAUGGGCCGCGGAGACUUUCUGGACGACCCCACAGGGGCGAUGAUCGCGCCCAUGCGCCGCAUCCAGUCGGUGACGCGGGACGUUGGCGAACCGCCGCAGCAGUAUGUUCAGCUGCCGCAUAAGUACCCGCCCUCGGCCGACGACCUUCCCGGCCGGUUCCAGCGUUAUUAACGACCAAAACAAUGACCACCAAGUAUACAGUAGUCGUCAUGUUAGAGGAACUCGUUCUCUCGCUCAAUGUACUUUUGGUUCUUCAUCAGUCGCGGCUGCGCUUGGUUGACGUAUUGCCGUCCGGAAUUGUGCUUGGCCUUGUUGUGUGGCGUGGACGGCGUCGCCGACAGCCGCCGCGCCACGACGAUGCGGUCCGUCGCCUCACGCGGGUGGUCGUUCACGUUGUAGAUGCGCACGCCGAGGGCCGCCACGUCGGUCAUGUGCGCCGCGUGGCGGUACACGGCGGACCGUGGCGUCGUCUCUUCGUCUGCUCGAGAUAGAUGAGUGAUUGUUUAAAUGACAGUUUAAAUGAAACCCACCAAAGUCCAC